AUGACAACUGCAACUAAAAAGACUUUUGGAUCAGUUGGUUGUGUACACAGUGCCGAUAAUCAUGAAGAUGUGAAACUAUGUUCCAUUGAGGCUAAAGCUGCCAUAGCUGAAGUGGGGUUCGGUGUGAAAGAAAUAUGCUUAGCAUCCGAUCCUCUGCCAUUUACGGACACAUUAGCGUAUUUGAAUCUAACUACAUUGGAGGGGGAGAAAAUGUGUGUUGAAAUUAGUGUCAAAGGAUUUUGUCCUGUUGGUUCGUCUUAUGAUGAAGUCAGAAAACAGCCAGUUGAUGAUUCCUAUUCUGAUGUACACUCUGUAGACUAUGAAGAUUAUUAUGAAACAAUCUAUGCUCUGUUAUCUGUUCGAAGCCCAUUAUUUCGCCAUAGCUUUUCAGAAAAGCUAAGUAAUCGACUCCAGGAAUUGAGUGAGAAACAAACCGAAGCUACUACUUGUGAGGAUAGUAAAUAA